GGCCGAGAAAAAGCUUGACGCCCAGAGUGUCGUUGUCGAACUAGAAUUCCUCUAUCUCUCUCUCUACGUGUGUGCGUUUGUGAUGGAGAUGCUAUAAAGGUGCCCUUUGGAGCUCGAAACACCACCUUGGCGUUUCACAAGCAGCCAUGACUUUGAGCUCAGAUUCUUCGCCUUCGACUUCACAGUGGAAAUUCUCGCAGGUUUUCGGCGAUCGAAGUCCCGGAGAGGACGUCCAAGACAUUGAUGUCAUAUCUGCAAUCGAAUUUGAGAAGAGCGGUGACUAUCUCGCUGUUGGAGAUCGAGGUGGGCGUGUUGUAAUUUUUGAGAGGAAGGAUAUAAAUGAGUUCAAUUCACAAAACGAGCUUGAACAAUCGGAUUUUGUGGUGAGAAAGUGUCCUGAAUUUCAAUACAAGACUGAAUUCCAGAGUCACGAGCCCGAGUUUGACUAUUUGAAGAGCUUGGAAAUUGAAGAGAAGAUCAACAAAGUGAGAUGGUGUACAACACCCAAUGGAUCAUUAUUUAUUCUGUCAACAAAUGACAAGACGAUAAAACUGUGGAAGGUCAAGGAACAUAAAGUGAAGAAAGUCAAAGAAGUGGACCUUAAUCCAGUGGUGUCUUCAGAGAACUCGCUUUUGGCUGAAAAGAGUUUUGUUGGUGGGCAACGUAACCCAUCUUUUGCUAAUGAUUAUAGUCUAGAAUGGUCAGAGAAUAUCGCCAAUGGCACGUUAUCAUCUCAAUUAGGGCAUGCCAAGAUGGCAAGUAUCAGAGAUGCUGUUUCGGCAAGAUGUCGAAAGGUGUAUGCUCAUGCUCAUGAUUUCAAUAUUAACUCCAUCUCAAAUAAUAGUGAUGGUGAGACAUUUCUUUCGGCUGACGACCUAAGGGUAAACCUGUGGAACCUUGAGGUCAGUGAUCAGUGUUUCAAUAUUAUUGACAUGAAGCCGUCAAACAUGGAGGAUCUUACAGAGGUGCUAACAUCAGCUGAAUUCCAUCCGCUUCACUGCAAUCUGCUUGCUUACAGCAGUUCAAGGGGAUUUAUUCGGCUCAUAGACAUGCGACAGUCAGCACUCUGUGACGGCAGUGCAAGGAUAUUGCAAGAUGCUGAGCCCCGUGGUGUGAAAACAUUUUUCACAGAGAUCAUCGCAUCCAUAUCUGAUAUGAAGUUUGCAACUGAUGGAAGGCACAUCUUAAGUCGUGAUUACAUGAAUUUAAAGCUGUGGGAUACACAUAUGGAGACCUCUCCAGUUGCAACAUAUAAGAUUCAUGAGCACCUCCGCCCUAAGUUAGGUGAUUUAUACAAUAACGAUGCCAUAUUUGAUAAAUUUGAAUGCUGCCUCAGUGGAGAUGGACUUCACUUUGCAACUGGAUCUUAUAGCAAUCUUUUGCGUAUCUUUUCCUGUGGAGUCGGAAGUGAAGAGGGGAUCAUAAUGGAAGCUAGCAAAAAUCCAAACAGGUACCUUAUUCUUUGUUUUUGUCUCAAAUGUUGAUUGUUUGUUCUUUUCAAAAUUCUUUUUUCUAUCCUAUAUUGCAGGAAGUCACUUCUUCAAUCUGGUACAAGGGCUAGAAGAUCUUCUCUCAGCAACUUGACUCGCGGAUUUUACAGACAAGGGCAUGAAAUUUCUGAUGCAGGACGCCAUGACAUCCCGUUGGACUUAAAUUCUAAGUUGCUGCAUCUGGCUUGGCAUCCAAGAACCAACUUGAUUGCCGGUGCUGCUGGAAGUAGCUUGUUCAUGUAUUAUGCAUAAUUGAAUGUUCUUCUAGCAAUUUUGAAGACAGCCUCAAAUAAAGCAUUAGGUUUGCAAAUGUUUUGUUCAUAUUGUAUAUCCCUCCAAUAUCUACAAGACUCUGCUAGGUGAUUAAUUCAAUACCUCAGAAAGUUGCAAAUGAUGAUUUAAUGUAGGAUUACUACUAACAGGAUUCUUCUGUAACUUUUCACUUUUCCG